CCUCGAUUUGUCGACGUCAUGGAUGACGUAGUUCACUUUACUAAGAACAAAUCAUUGGUUAUGAAAGCCAUAGAUAGAUACAAGGAGCUCAUUCAAUCAGAAACUUAUCAGCGGAUGUUCCAGGAAAAGGCUGACCCAACAAAGCCUGACGUAAUCAAGACGGUAGCAGACAUUCAUAUGUAUUGGUCCAGACAGGCACUAGAGGAUUGUGGGGCUGAGUUGAGUCAGAUUCCAUCUGAUGCGAUGAUAGAAGAAAUUGCAAUGAUAAAUUUCCCAAGUGACCUUGAAGUUCUUGACAAGUUUAAUGGUAUGCUCGAAGUCACAGAAAGACUUAUACCAAAUGCCAGACCUACAGUCAUAGUAGGAGAUGAAGUCCCCAAGGAUAUUGAGAUAGUCGGCCUGGAAACUGAAACACGCUUUCCACUACUUGACUUACAUAUCAAUAAAGAGCGCCCUCUGUUAAUCAUUGCUUCUUCACUCAGCUGA